CGCAAGAAACGCGGCGGAUGAUUAUGGCAGGAUGGGCGGCAGAAGGAACGGUUUCGACAGAGGAAUUGGUAGCAUCAAAUGCUCCGACUGGCUCGUUCAGGCUUGAUAUUGCUCUAGGCCCCUACUUCACUCUUCUGGUUAAGGACCAGACUCACUACCCCCCUCGAUGCCAUCCUUACUCUUCUCAAUAGGGUUACAUCGUGCCGUGAAGUUGUCCCUGGCGGCUUAUGUCGUUGAGUCUAGAUUAUCAGCUCAUUACUCGAUGGUACUUGCCAGUGCGUAUAAGCUGGUUUGUGUACCGACGUGUUGACAGCUGAACCAUUGUGGUGUCUACAUCCUGAGUGCUGGUAUCGGGAGGAGGACAGUGAGUGAGAUGUAGCGCGUUUACUCAUGGUUCGAGCACUGCGUAUCGGCGGAGGUGGCCAAAAUUUCCCAACGGCGCCAAUGUCCCAAUGCCCAUGGCAGAGCAUUCAAAGUAGGCGAAGUAACAGCGCUCGAGGAAUUCUU